CAGCUGGGAGCCCGGAGCCCGCCGACUGACCCCAGCUGGGAACUCCUGGGCGCUUUACGGAGGGGGCGGGUCCGGGAGCGGUGGCCCCAGGGACGGUUGCCGCGGGGACAGGGCGGUGACGCGACCGGAGGGCGGAAGUGAGAAAGUUGCCGCCGUCCCGAGCCGAGUUAGCCGAGCGGUGCGCGCGGCGCGGCGAUGGGGAGCUCGGGCAGUCGCCUGUCCAAGGAGCUGCUGGCCGAGUACCAGGACUUGACGUUCCUGACCAAGCAGGAGAUCCUCUUAGCCCACAAGCGGUUUUGUGAGCUGCUUCCCUCGGAUCAUCGGAGCGUGGAGGAGUCACUGCAGGCACGAGUGUCCUUCCAGGAGAUCCUCAAUCUUCCAGAGCUGAAGGCCAACCCCUUCAAGGAUCGAAUCUGCAAGGUCUUCUCCACAUCCCCAAACAGAGACAGUCUGAGCUUUGAGGACUUCCUGGACCUCCUCAGUGUGUUCAGUGACACAGCAACCCCAGACAUCAAGUCCCACUAUGCCUUCCGCAUCUUUGAUUUUGAUGAUGACGGAACCUUGAACAGGGAGGACCUGAGCCAUCUUGUGAACUGCCUGACGGGAGAGGGCGAGGACACACAUCUCAGUGCUACAGAGAUGAAGCAGCUCAUUGACAAUAUCCUGGAAGAGUCCGACAUUGAUAGGGACGGGACCAUCAAUCUCUCUGAGUUCCAACAUGUCAUCUCCCGUUCACCAGACUUUGCCAGCUCUUUUAAGAUUGUCCUGUGACAGGAACCACAGCAUGUGGUCCCAGCACCCUGCCCAAGAACCUUUCCACUGCUGAGCUGUGGCAAGGUCAGGCCUGCGUUGUCAGGGCCGGCCAAGCUGGCCCAGCCUGGAGCUGGCACUGUGCAGUCUGGCCCCUGGAAAGGGAGGGCCCUCCGUGGCAGGGCCCUCCCUUUCCCGCUGCCAUUGGCAUUACUUUGUUUGUGUUUCUAUUAAUUGGUAAUAAAGGUUUAGAAGUUUUGACCCUGUGUGUGACACCAGAAGCUCUGGUAUGAGGAAGGAUGGAACUUCUAGGAUCCUUUGCUCAUACAGGGAAUGAGUAAGGUCUCAGGGAGGGGUCAGUCCCCCACCCCGGGAGGGUGUGACUAUAAAGGGAUGGCUUGUGGGGUGGAAUGUUCUGAAUCCUGAUUGUGGAGGUGGUUACAUGACUUUCUACAAAUGUUAAAGUUUAUAGAACUUGA